UAAACGAUUUAAUUUCCUAAGUUGUGGAAGUACUCGAAAUUUAAUUAUGGGGUGAGAAGAAAAGGAAGUGUUCGGAAAGGAAACAUGUGUGCAUUCUAGAUGGGGCAAUUAGAGUUUUGCCCAAGCAAGAAUGCAGAGGAAGACAAUGUUAUGUCCAUGUCUGUUGGAAAUUUUGGACGAUAAUCAAAAGCUGUCUAGUUCUUAGCUUCUUGGGUUGUAAUCAUGGUGUAAGACUUGUUGUGUUAGUUUAUAGUUAAAUAGACUGAAUUGCUUGAAAAAAAGGACCGGAACCAUCUGAGAAAAAUGUUUCUUUAAUCCCUGCCCAUAUUUUUCAAUAUUUUAAAAAAAAUUCCAUAAAUUCUUGUAUUUUCUUUCUAUGGAUUUAACUGAUCAAGUCUUUCCUCCUGGAUGAUACUAGCAAAGUCUGCAUACCAAAGCACUGUUGUUGAGACCAGUAGACUGUAGGCGCCCAAUUGAGUCAGUCAAUGAUUGCUUUGGUCUAAACAUGGUUGAGAAACUACCUCCCUCAAUAGGGAACUAGCGGCUCCUCGUCCUCUAUAUAGUCACCCUCGCAAGGCAGAGGCAUCAAAGCAAUACCAAGUAAGAGGGAAGCUCUCUCUCUAUCUUCAUUGUACCCUUGAAGCCAAAAUGGUGCUAGCAGAGACAUCAAAGAACAACAGUCUCAUUCCAAGGAAAGGAUUGUCACCUCUCUUUUUCUCAUCCUCUAAAGCACUCCCUUCUUCUUCUCCAUCAUCUCCUCCAAGCUCUCCUACAGUUUCUUCCCCUAGUCACACCUUCUCUGAGUUCAUGAUGGAAGAAAACAUCGAAAAUGCAGAAUCAAUCAUCACCAAAUGGGAUGUGAACCCUUCAUCAUGGACUCAAGUUACCUGUCUCUUUCACCAAGACAGGAAAGAAGCCAGAGAAUACCUCAAGUGUGUUAGAGACCUGCGUCGAUCCAUGCAUUUCCUAGUCUCUCAGAAGUCGGCAUCUGAUAAGCUCGUGCUUGCUCAAAAGCUCAUGCAAAUGGCCAUGAAAAGGCUUGAAAAGGAGUUUUAUCAGAUUUUGUCAUCAAACCGCAAGCAGCUUGAUCCAGAAUCAGUUUCCAGCCUGUCCUCUGAUGGGUCAGGCAGUUUUGAUGACGAGCAUGAGCUUGUAUCUGAAGAUGAGGCUGAGUUGAAAAAGGCUGGUGAGUCAAUCACUGAGGUGGAGAGAGUCUCAGCACUGGUAAUGUCGGAUUUGAAGGCAAUAGCCCAGUGUAUGACCAGUUCUGGUUAUGCUAAAGAGUGUGUAAAGAUAUACAAAUUGUUCAGAAAAUCAAUAGUUGAUCGAGGGCUAUAUCUAUUUGGGAUUGAAAGAUUCAAGUCUUCUCAAAUCAAUAAAAUGCAUUGGGAAGCACUAGAGCAUACAAUAAAGAACUGGCUGAAUGCAGUGAAGAUUGCUGUGAGAACACUGUUUACUGGAGAAAAAAUUCUCUGCGAUCAUGUGUUUGCAGCAUCUGAGACUAUCAGAGAGGCUUGCUUUGCUGAAAUAACCAUGGAAGGAGCAAUAAAUCUGUUCAGGUUUCCUGAACUCAUUGCAAACAGCAAGAAAGAACCAGAGAGAAUUUUCUGGCUACUGGAACUCCAUGAAGCAAUCUCUGAACUCUGGCCAGAGAUAGAAACAAUAUUCAAUUCUGCAUUGACCUCAGCAAUUAAGUUGCAGGCCCUUUCAUCACUGCACAAAGCUGGUGACUCGGUUUCUGCUAUACUGUCUAACUUCAGAUCAUCAAUCCAGAAGGACUCAUCAAAAACUCUGGUUGCUGGUGGAGGGAUUCACCCACUUACUCGAUCUGCAAUGAGUUACAUAUCUUCCCUGGCAGAUUAUGGUAGAGUACUCUCUGAUAUUGUUGCUGACCAUCCACCACCAGGAAAUUCACCAAGUUCAGAAUCGUGCUUUGAGAAUCCAACCUCCAUUGAUGGUCCAACAUCAGCAGGGUCAGUCCAUCUUGCUUGGCUUAUAUUGGUGCUUUUAUGCAAGCUUGACAGGAAAGCUGAGCUCUAUAAAGAUGUCUCUCUGAGAUACCUUUUCCUGGCAAACAAUCUUCAGUUCAUCAUUGAUCAGGUUCACACAACUAACUUGAAGUAUCUCCUAGGCGACGAAUGGGUAUCUAUGCAUACCAAGAAGAUUAAACAAUAUGCUUUGCGCUAUGAAUCAAUGGCCUGGAAUAAGGUAUUCUCAUCUGUACCUGAGGGGACUUCUUCAGUACUAUCACCUGAAGCAGUCAAGGACUGUUUUAGGAGGUUUAAUGCUGCAUUCGAUGAAGCAUACAUGAAACAGACCUUGUGGAUUGUACCAGAUGGGAAAUUAAGGGAUGAACUGAAGGUGUCAAUAGCAAGGAAACUGGUACCAGCAUAUAGGGAAUUCUAUGAAACACAACUGGUGGCAUUGAGUGGGGAGAAAAACUUGGAGGUUUUAGUAAGGAUUGCGCCUGAUGACUUGGGAAAUUACUUGUCAGAUCUGUUCCAUGGAACUCCAUUUUCAUCUAAGUCUUUGUCAUCAUCAUCUCAUUCACAAGGAUGCCUUCCCAGGCUACACAUUCUAAACAGCUGAUAGUGAUGGAAACAGACACUGAUAUCCAAAAGAGCUCAGGUAUGAAGCGUCACCUCAACAACAAGAUGGCUUGCAAGAAAAAAGAUAUUUACCACUUAUCAUGUUGACCUCUGUUGUACAAGAGGCUUUUUGAUUAUACUCUGUGACCAGCAGCACUCCCCAUUUGCAAGGGGAUAAAAGCACAAAGAAACAGAGCAAAGUAAUAUAUAUAUCUAACCUCAUAAGCUCACUAGUAGGACCUUGCAAAUAAAUGUAAUUUAUUAUCCAAAAUGGGACGUCCCACUAGGCAUUUGACUCAAACAAGGUGCUUAGCAUCCAAAGAGGAUGUAACUUAAGCAGAAACUUUGCUCGUAAAGAUUCUCGUUCCUCUAGCCUGCUUCUGCAAUUUAGAACUACUAAUGCAGCUCUUAUUAGUAAGAGAUACGAGAUCUGAGGUCCUGCUUCUCAAAAUUUGCAUAACUAUAAUGUCUUGAGGACUAGCAGAUAGCAAACAAAGAAACCUUGUAGUUCUUAGUUUAAUCCUUAUGAAGUGACAAUAAAUAUCACCAUAUUAGGAUGGAUCUGAAAGACAGACACAUGAAUGAACCGAUGAGCUAGCAGGGUUAUUAAUAAGAUUGUUGAAUAAACUUCAACAGAUAAAUUCUUAGUACUGACAGUGAAACAGCCAAAGAGAUUCCCAUAGACCAAUUGAAAAUUUCACAGUAACCAUCACAUUGCUUUUGUUUAGCAA